AUGCUAAAUGCGGCCGGACAAACUUCUUUGAAGCCACAGAGCCCCGUCCGAGUGUACAUCGCAAGUCUGCACUGGAACAACGAGCGCAUUCUUCGCGACUCUUGGAACCAAGGCCUUCUCGAUCUUGUAUCAGUUCUCGGCCCCAGCAAUGUCUUUGUGAGUCUGUACGAGAGUGGCAGUCGGGAUGGUUCCAAAGACACCAUCGGCGAACUCGACAAGGCGCUGGGGGUAAUGGGAGUCCCACGGAAUAUCACAUUGGACAAGACUACGCACGCCGAUGCGAUGGCUUCACCACCUCUUGAGCCAGGGAAUGGCUGGGUCAAGACACCGCGUGGAAGAAUAGAGCUUCGCAGGAUUUCAUACCUUGCCCGACUACGGAACAUGUCUCUCCAGCCCUUGAGAGCUAUGGCACGGAAUGGUAUCGAAUUCGAUUAUGUUCUUUUUCUCGGCGACGUCGUGUUUACUAUCCCUGAUGUGCUUGCACUGCUCAACACAAACAAUCGUGAUUACGCAGCGGCAUGUUCACUAGACUUCAGCAAACCCCCUCGGUACUAUGACACAUUUGCGCUGAGGGAUGCCGACGGCCAUGAGCAUGCGACGCAGACGUAG